UGGCGAUGGGCAGCGAGGGGGAGCGAGGCCCGGCGGCGGCCCCGAGCCCGGGGCAGGGCGACCCGCGGGCGCUGCGGAGGGACUGCCAGCACCGGAUCUUCGUCAACCGGAGCCUGGCGCUGGAGAAGAUCAAGUGCUUUGGCUUUGACAUGGACUACACCUUGGCCAUGUACAAGUCCCCCGACUAUGAGGAGCUGGCUUUUGCCCUGUUGGUGGAGCACCUUGUUGCCAUUGGGUACCCCCCCGAGAUCCUCGCCUACAAGUAUGACCCCACGUUCCCCACUCGGGGGCUGGUGUUCGAUGCCCUGUAUGGGAACCUGUUGAAGGUGGAUUCCCAUGGGAACCUGCUAGUCUGUGCCCAUGGCUUCCGCUUCCUCAAGGGAGCCGAAAUCCUCCACUAUUACCCCAAUAAGUUUAUCCAGCGGGAUGACAUGAAGCGCUUCCACAUCCUCAACACCCUCUUCAACCUCACCGAGGCCCACCUCUAUGCCUGUCUUGUGGACUUCUUCACCAACUGCUCCAGAUACGUAAACUGCGAUACCGGCUACAAGCACGGGAACCUCUUCAUGUCCUUCCGCAGCAUGUUCCAGGAUGUGCGCGAGGCCAUGGACCAUGUCCACCUCUCUGGUUGCCUGAAGGAGAAGACGCUGGAGAACCUGGAGAAAUAUGUGGUGAAAGACCCCCGUGUGCCACUGCUGCUGAGCCGCAUGAAGGAGGUGGGGAAGGUCUUCCUGGCCACCAACAGUGACUAUACAUACACGGAUGCCAUCAUGUCCUACCUGUUUGACUUCAGAGAUGGGGAUAAGGCGGACACCCCGCAGCGCCCCUGGAGGUCUUAUUUUGACCUGAUUGUGGUGGACACCCGCAAGCCCCUCUUCUUCGCUGAGGGCACCGUCCUGCGCCAAGUCGACACGGACACAGGGAAGCUGCGCAUUGGGACGUACACCGGCCCCCUCCAGCACUGCGCCGUCUACUCUGGCGGCUCCUCAGAUGUGGUGUGUGACCUCCUGGGCGUGAAAGGCAAAGACAUCCUUUACAUGGGGGACCACAUCUUCGGGGACAUCCUCAAGUCUAAGAAGCGGCAGGGUUGGCGCACCUUCCUGGUGGUGCCUGAGCUGGCCCGUGAGCUGCAGGUCUGGACAGAGAAGAGCGAGCUGUUUGAGGAGCUGCGGAGCCUCGAUCUCUUCCUGGCUGAGCUGUACCAGCACUUGGACAGUGGCAGCAGCGAGCGCCCAGACAUUAGCUCCAUCAAGCGUCGGAUCCAGAAAGUGACACAUGAGAUGGACAUGUGCUAUGGGAAGAUGGGCAGCCUCUUCCGCUGCGGCUCACGCCAGACGCUCUUCGCCAACCAGUUGAUGCGCUACGCAGACCUCUAUGCCGCCUCCUUCAUCAACUUCCUCUACUACCCCUUCAGCUACCUCUUCCGGGCACCCCCUGUCCUGCCUGUGCUAGACUCUCUCAGGGAGCCUUGUCCACCCUGCAGAUGGCACAUGAGUCAACAGUGGAGCACACUCGUCUGGACUCGGGGGAGGUUGGCACAGCCCUGCCCCCCUGGCUGGCCCGGCAUAGCCACCCUGGCCAGCAGGUCCCCCAAGACUCCAGCGGGGAGGAGGAUGAUGAUGGAGAAGCCUGAGCCCACCCCAGCACCAAUGGCUGCUGCUCUGGCAGGUGCCAGCCCCACAGGAGGGCAUUUGGUGGCCCUGGACCACUUGCACUGCCGGACCGAAGCCACCCAUGGUCAGCUGCCACCUUUGAUGGCCACAGGAUGAUUGGUGGCCCUGACCAUGGCCCCCAUCACACCUGUCCUUAGGCUGUGGGGCCCUUCUCUCGACUGUGCCUGGAGCCAGGAGAGGGCCCCCCCCCAAUUCUGCUGGCUGCCCUGUGCCCCCACUUUAACUAACAUCCUUCCUGCCAGCUCAGUGGCAGCCUGGGGCCACCCAAUGCCAGGGUGAGCGGGUAGUGUUGCUGUUCCGGUAUCACUGGAGGCCCGCUGUGCCAGUCAGGGCCCCUGCAGCUCCUGUCCCUCCAGCCUCUCCACUGUGGCCCCGGGUGGAGCAGGGGGAGGCUCCGGAGGUAGCUGCUCUGUAGGAACUCCCUUCACCUGCUGUUCCCCUCUUCUGUUUGCUACCCUUUUCUAUUUAUAAAAGAUACUCAAACUCCUGGCACCACAGAGACAUAAAAUUGGCUGUUUUAAAGGAAAACUGCUUUGUCCCUGCACCUGGGAGGUGGGGGCAAAGGGCAAUUCCCAGCAGCUGGGACAAGCGCAAGCCCCUGGGCAGAAGGUGGCAGCCCCGGGUCACCUCUCCUCUGCAGAGGAGGGAGCUAGGCCAGCAGUGCUCCCCAGAGUGGAGCCAAGCCCCAUGCCAGAACUCCAGGACACUGCUCCAAGACUUCUUCCGGCAUUCAGGACUCAGUAGAGAUGCUGAGCCAAGAGCGGGGAUGGGUGUGUCGGGAGGGAAAGAGGAGGCAAAAGCGUGGGAUGGGGUCAGGACCACUGCUUACUGGGGUUGGGCAGGUGACAGUGGGGCUCCCCCCAUCCUCUACAGCAGCUGUACGGUCACUGCUUGCAGCAGGGACCCCUUGCCCACCCCAGAGCCAACCUCUCGCCUGGUACCUUGUGCUACUGCCUGCUCCAGCUGCAAGGACAGCACCAGAGGGGCCCCAAGUGCAUGUACAGGGCUCAUCUGCACUCACUAGCCCAUCCUGGACCCCAACCAGAGCCAGGAGUUUGGGGGCCUGGCCUGCUGCACCCCAAGGUCCUCUGCACCACUCUGGGUGCUGCUGUCAGCCUGCACAGAAGCUGCUGGAGCGUUGCAGGUCUUCCAGCCCCUCAGGCAGAGCUAGUACUUCUGCCCAUGCCUCUGGACCUUGGUCUGCACGUGCCUCUCAGCAGGGACAUCCAGAUGCUGUCCAGGUAUGGCACAAGGCAGCUCCAGAGCAAAUCCUUUGGGACAUCACUUCCAAAACACUGAGAGCUGCUUGGAAUGUUGCAGUCUGGCUGAUACCAUCCUACAGCAGGAAAAUUAAGCAGAGGAGCUGAGGACAGUCCUGGGGGACGCAGUCUUCUACAUUGCUCACUAGGCCACACACAUCUCUACUGCAAGUCUUUAAUAUAUUUAAAACAGCACUUAGAUAUUUCAAACAAGCUUAUUCUGUGCCACCCCCCCACGCUUACACCCGAGGGGCAGCAAAAGAAGCCAGUGGAGUGUGUGCAAGGCAGCACAGGGGGCAGGUGGACUGGCUCUACCAAGAACCCCUUAGCAGCUCUCAGGGGUGUAUGAACUCAAACCCUCCAGCCUCGUCACCUCUGGCAAAGCCUUGUUUUUCUGGAAGAUGAACUGAGUCUCCUCUUCAGCAUCCAGGAUUUCACUGAGGGAUGACACCACAGGGUCAUGGUCCUUCAGCAUCUCUGGGUAGUGGCUCCCAGCCCGCUCAACCCGCAGCGAGCGCCGCACGGGCGUCAGGAAUUUCAAUUCCGGGCCUUUCGGGAACUCCCUUCCUCUGUGGAGAGGACAAGAGCCUUGGGUAAACCCUGUGGAGGAGCACUGGCAUGGAGGGUGCAUGUUGCCAGGACCAGGGGGUUCAGCCUUACCUGGAUGCAGAUGUGACCCGUAACUUGACUGAGAGAGGUAGGGAGGUCAGGGGCCUCCCCACUGGGCCUGGAGUCGAUGCUACGGGCUCCCUCUCACCUGGACAAGGUGUUGUAGGCUCCCAAGGAAUGGGUUGCUCAGCCUUUUCCCCUGGCAAGAUAGGAAAAGGGCAAUGCAGUUGCAGAGAGUGCCAGCUGGGGAGGAAUUACACUGUGGUGUUUCGGACAAAGGCCUGGCUGUGGAAGUGUGCCGGGGCCAGGACCCUCCCCAGCCCUGGCAGAGGAACAUUGCCCCAUUAUUGGGAUCAGGAUUCCAGACUUUCAAAACACUCAAUCUCCAUCAAAGUCAAGAGGGACAUGGGGUGCUGGGACAGACUGCAGAACGUGCUGUUUCCCAGAUGGCAGCAGCAGGGAGCCUCGGCUUGCCCACACUCCAGACGGCUCCCCAUGUUCAAGUUACCUUCUGAUGUAUGGCCUGCAGCCUUCAAAAUAUCAAGAACAUCCCUGAGCUCCUGGAGUGGCUGCAGGAAAAGCAGAACAUGGGUCAGGGCAGGUCUGGUAUGGCAAUAGAGACCAGAGUUAUAGCUGAAUAGGAGGAAAGGCUUUUGCUGCAUCACAACAGCAGUGUGAUAUGUCAGCACCCAGCACAGCUGGGCAGGUGCCCACCCUGCCCAUGGAACAGGACCAGCAUCUCUAAAGGGCUUUUUCACCACUAAUUAGUGCUGCUAAGCUCAUCCCAAAAUCCAGCCCCCGGGAUCUCAAGGAAGCCCACCCAUUCUGAGGCAGGGACCAUAGGGAGCUGGUGAGCCCCACGCACCUGAGCGCCUGCGCAGACUGCUGCUCUGUACAGUCCCAUCACAUCAAAGGGGCCACUCCGGGCCAGCAGCUUUGCUUGGCAGAUCCAGAAUUUGGCAAAUUUCUCUGCCUGGGGCACAACAGACAGCACUUUUGAUAGCUCCUCUGCAUGGACACCCUGCAAGGAGAAGGGCAAGGACCUGGUAAAAGGUGCCCACUGCGAGGACAAGGGUAUGCACUGGGGAGCUCUCAGUACCUGACCGUGCUUCCAGCACCCUUCAGGAGAAAGAAGGUCUCAGGAGUCUGGGUUUACAAGUCUCCUACAUAACAACGGGCAGAUAAAAGCUGUCCUGCCUCUAUCUUCCCCUUGGAUAAAUGAGUCUAGUACUCCAAAGAGCUGUCAAAGGAUAGACUCCAGUGCUGGCAUUAUUGGAGCCACUAAAUCCUGGAGCAGAGCUAGCAGUCAGUGUUCCCAGCAACAGUCCCCCACCAGAGCCGUACCUCAGACUGUGACACCAACAGGGAUCUACCUCAAGUUCGUUCAAUCAGCCCGGGUUUCUGUUGCAGAUAUUGCUUUUGCAGACUGCACUGCCAGUUUCCAGAACACCGUCAGUUACACAUGUGAGUCCCACACUGCUUUUGGCUGGGGUAGUUAAUUUCCUUCCCAGCGGCUGGUAUGAGGCUGUGUUUGGGAUUUGUGCUGAACACAGUGAGGAUAAAGAUGUUUUUGUUAUUGCUGAGCAGGACUUACACAGAGCCAAGGCCUUUUCUGUUUCUCAUACUGCCUCGCUGGGGAGCUCGGGGUGCGUGGGAGAUUGGGAAGAGACAGCUGGGACAGGUGACCCAAACUAACCAAAGGGAUAUGCUCAGUAUAUAAAGUGGAGGGACAUUUGGAGUGAUGUUGUCUGUCUUCCCAAGUCCCCAUUAUGUGUGACGGGGCCCUGCUCUCCUGGAGGUGGCUGAAUCUGCCCAUGGGAAGAAGGGAAUAAAUUCCUUGUUUCGCUUUG